AAGAAAGAUGGUAAGUUAAUGGGUACGAGUACAAGACUGUACAAGAGUUACUUUCAUAAUUUAUCAAUUAUUGACAAUGACAGGAGCGUCUAGUGCUUACCGACUGAUUCGUUACCAACCGCCAUCAGGGGUAAUCUAUUUAGUAUCUGAGGCUAACAGAGGCCGCCGCUUAUAAUGACAGCUUUCAAAAAAUGAAACCCUGAGCAUUUCUCCCAGCUUCUCUGUCGCUUCGUCUUUCUCUUGCGGUUGACGAUCGUACCUCGAGUCACUAGUCCCCAAAGUAGAUUUUUUUUCCUUGAACGACUCGACAAUGGCCUUCCUUCCUAUCUUAAGAUUGGCCGUGCUCAUCGCCACCACUGUGUUCGCAAUCAUUGUCCUUGGAAUCUCCGCACACCUGACGUCCUUGUCGGAGGAGUUUCUUGGAGGUUACUUCGUGUUUGCGGCCGUGGCUAUCGCUGCAGCCGUAUUGACUAUGAUCACAUUGCCUGCUAUGAUUGGUAUCGAUUUCCUUCGCCGUGGCGCUUUCACAUCAAUGGUCCUCGUUGAACUUAUAUGGGUCUUUGUCCUGUGGGUUCUUUGGAUUGCUGCUGCUGCCCUCGCAGCGCAGGAACAACAAAACGUGUUUGGAGAGGGAAAUUCGUGCAAUUACAUCAACACUGACCUGGCCACUGCGUGCCACGAGUUCGGUGCUAUCGAGGCGUUCAGCUUCUUAGCCUGGAUAGUUCUGAUGGGAUACAAUAUUACCCUUCUUGUCUAUGCGAUCGUUGGUGCCAACCGCGGAAACAAAACCUGGACGUCUACCGUUGGUGAUGGCCUCUUAACUCCUCGCGGAGAUGCAGUACCAGUGACACCUAUGUCAACGGGUGGUGAGUACAGCGGUGCUGCCCCGUCGAUGCAAUAUCCACCACAACAGCAACCGCAGUGGACUGGACAGUCAAAUCACACGCCGAUGACUGCACAGGUGUAAGCGCAGAAUAUCGUAGUUCUGUCUCAAGUCAGAGAAGCAUAAUUCCCUUGGUUCAUGGUCUACUACCUAACUUAUCAUGGUUAUUUCUACUCAUAUCGCCUCUUCCAAUACAUUUCAUUGACAACUUGAACUU